AAAGAAUGCCCUGAAAACCCUAAACCCUGAAACACAUUCCUUCAAAUUCAUCAUCUCUACCGUGGCUGCGGCGGCUGCUGCUUUUUAAUUCACCGACUUCGAACCACCCCUUUUUAUUAUAUUCCUUCAAGUUUCCAAUAUCAUCAGCCGGACAAUGGGGAAACUUCUUGUAAGCUCUGUAACGGAGUUAAAGAAGAAAGAAAAGAAAGAGAAGAAGGCUAAAGGUGGAGGCUUUGAAUCCUUAAAUUUAAGUCCAAAUGUUUUUAGAGGUGUUAAACGUAAAGGGUAUAGAGUACCUACUCCUAUACAACGUAAAACCAUGCCUCUCAUUCUAUCUGGUGCCGAUGUUGUUGCCAUGGCAAGAACAGGGUCAGGUAAAACCGCAGCCUUUUUGGUUCCUAUGCUCGAGAAGCUGCAGCAGCAUGUCUCUCAGUCGGGUGUUAGAGCCCUUAUUUUGUCUCCUACUCGGGAUCUUGCUCUCCAGACUUAUAAGUUUGCUAAUGAGCUUGGCAGAUUUACGGACCUUCAUGUUUGUUUAUUGGUUGGUGGUGAUAGUAUGGAAAUUCAGUUUGAAGAUUUAUCCAAGAAUCCCGAUAUCAUAAUUGCCACUCCCGGUAGAUUGAUGCAUCAUCUGGAAGAGGUGGUUGAUAUGUCCUUGAAGUCAGUUGAAUAUAUGGUAUUCGAUGAAGCUGACAGUCUUUUUAGCAUGGGCUUUAAAGAGCAGCUAUACAGAAUCCUCGAGCAGCUUAGUGACAAUAGGCAAACUUUACUUUUUAGUGCUACCUUACCAAGUGCUCUUCACGAUUUUGCCACCGCAGGUCUUCGGGACCCUCAAGUUGUGCGCCUUGAUUUAGAGACCAAAAUUAGUCCUGACUUGAAACUUACGUUUUUCACCUUAAGACAGGAAGAAAAAUUAGCUGCUUUGCUGUAUUUGCUCAGGGAACAUAUUAGAUCCGAUGAGCAAUCGUUGAUAUUCGUAUCCACAAAGCAUCAUGUUCAGUUUCUUGAGCUUUUGUUAAGGGAAGAGGGUAUAGAGCCUUCUAUUUGUUAUGGUGAUAUGGAUCAAGAUGAUCGCAAGAUAAAUGUCCAACGAUUUAGAUCAAGAAAAACUAUGUUUCUUAUUGUGACAGAUAUUGCAGCUAGAGGAAUCGAUAUCCCACUGCUUGAUAACGUUAUCAAUUGGGAUUUCCCUCCUAAACCAAAACUUUUUGUGCAUCGGGUGGGUCGGGCUGCAAGGGCUGGUCGAACUGGUACCGCUUUUUCCUUUGUCACGGCGGAUGACAUGGCUUUUCUUCUUGAUCUACAUCUUUUUCUUUCUAGACCAAUUAGACCUGCACCCACUGAGGAAGAGGUUUUGCGAGAUAUGAAAGGGGUAACAUCGGAAAUCGAUCAUGCAAUGGCUAAUGGAGUGACCGUGUUUGGUCGUUUUCCCCAAACUGCUAUUGAUCUUGUUGCAGAUAGAGUUCGUGAAAUACUUGAUUCGUCCACGGAGAUAGACUGUCUGAUCAGACCUUGUGAAAGAGCAUUCCGUUUGUAUAUGAAAACAAAAGAGAGGCCUUCUAGGGAGUCUAUUAAAAGAGCUAAAAAUAUGCCGCGUGAAGGGCUGCAUCCGAUGUUCAUGAAGGUACUAGGCGGCAAUGAAUUGUCGGCUCUAGCAUUUUCUGAGAACUUAAAAGCAUACAGAGCAAAGCAAACUGUUUUGGAAUCUGAAGGUCAUGCUGCCAAAGCAAAGCAUCUAAAGGGACCUUCUAGCCAAUGGGUUGAUGUGAUGAAGAUGAAAAGAGCUAUUCAUGAGAAAAUUAUUAAUAAAGUAAACCAGCAGCACAAGCAGCAAUCUAGCAAUCAUACAGCAAAGGACAUGGAAAUCGAACACAAUACAUUACAAGGCACAGGAAAAAAAGUUUCUGGUAGUAAAAGGAAGGCACGGAGCUUCAAGGAUGAGGAGUUCUUUAUUAGUUCAGUACCAACAAAUCAACAUUACGAGGCAGGCCUGUCAGUCAGAGGCAACCAAGGCUUUUCUUCCAACAGGUUGGAGUCUGCUGUUCUUGACCUAGCUGCUGAUGAUGGCUCGGGAUUACAAAAACAGAAGUCUGCAUAUCAUUGGGAUAAGAGGAGUAAAAAAUAUGUCAAGUUGAACAAUAAUGACCGGGUCUCAGCAAGUGGGAAGAUUAUUACUGAGAGUGGUUCAAAAGGAAAGGCCAAUAAAACUGGAAUAUAUGAAAAAUGGAAAGCAAGAACGCAUAAUAAGAUAUCUUUCCAAGGAACAAACAGUGAAGGAAGUCCCGUGGAUUCUAUGAGCGUCAAAGGAGGGCGAGGAAUGCAGGGCAGACAUGACAGAGGGUUUAGAGGCGGUAACAGGAGUCGUACGAUUCCUAAUGCUCAUGUUCGUUCAGAAGUCAAGAAUCUUGAACAAGUUAGGAAAGAAAGGCAGACAAAAGCGACCAAAGCUUCUCUAAUGAAAAAGAACCCCAAGAAAGGGAAGAAGGGGUUUGGCAAAAAUGGUAAAAGGGGUGGAGGAAAGGGUAGGAAAUAGAUUCUGACUUUUAAAUGUUAAAUGUGAAAGUUUUGAAUAAUAAAUUACUAUUAUGACCAAUCAAUUAAUGUUCUAAGGGGUUCAAUUCCUGCUUUCUCUGUGGGAGAUUUAGCAAAAGGUUUUGGUGGUUCUGUGAAGAACAAAUAUUUUGACAUUAAUAUAUUUUUUGUAAUUUAGUUUGAUUGAAUGUGGAAGGAAGCUUUUGUCCA